AUGUGGGAUAGGGAAGGAAACAUGACCUUCUCUGGGAAAAUCGGUAUCUGGCCAUUCGUGAAAGAAGUUCCUGCUCAGAGGAGAAGCAACAACAGGCCCAGAGGUACAAUAGAGACAAAGUCAAUAAAGGUCGACAAAAAAGUUAUGAGGGAGUUCCUGAUAGAGAAGGUCUUGCCAGCAAUACAAGCUGUUUGGCCCGAAGGUGAUGCUGGACAGACCAUCUACAUUCAGCAGGAUCAUGCUAAGUCCCAUAUCUUGCCAGAUGACCCGGAAUUUCUAGAAGCUGUCGCAAAAACUGGACUUGACAUCAGAAUAAUACAACAACCUGCCAAGAGUCCUGAUUUGAAUGUGCUUGACCUUGGGUUUUUCAACUCGCUGCAAUCCCUAACAAAUUGUCUGAGUCCUAAAACACCACAAGACCUUAUUAAGGGUGUUUUGGAGGAAUUUGAAGGCUAUGAGGUUUACAAGCUCAACAACAUUUUCCCAACUCUACAAAUGUGCAUGAUCGAGAUCCUGAACCAUGCAGGGGGCAAUGGGUACAAAACACCCCAUGUAAACAAGGAAAGGCUUGAGGGUCUUGGGCAGCUACCUCCAAGACUAUCCUGCCCUCAAGAGGUUUACACAAAUGCUAGUGAUGCUUGUGAUGAGGCUCUCAUGCUUGUGAUGAUGCUUGUGAUGCUUGUGAUGAGGCUCUGA